AAGCGAGCAUGCAUACUCGCAAAGAAAAGCCUUAAUACCUUCUUGCUACCAAAUUUCAGCAAUGAAGAUCACGUAGCCGCAUCGAUAGAGGGCCCAGACGGCCAUCUAAGAAUAUGCUCGGCAUAUAUGGGUCAUGACCACCUAGGACCUCCACCCCAUUCGCUACUCAGGCGGCUUGUGGAAGACAGCGAAAGGAAGGACAUCGACCUAAUAAUAGGAUGCGAUGCCAACGCUCAUCACAAUCAGUGGGGAAGCACUGACACAAACGAGAGGGGUGAGUCAAUCUUCGAUUUUAUCCUCAGCUCUAAGCUUCUAGUGGGUAACAGAGGUUCAGAACCCACAUUCGUCGUCAAGAACAGAAGGGAGGUUCUUGAUGUCACAUUAUUCUCGCACUCCCUGGCUGAUGCAAUCACCAGCUGGAGAGUCCUUGACAAACACUCAUUUUCAGACCAUCGCUAUAUUGAGAUAGUAGUAAAUUUUACGCGCGCACAAUAUAAUAAAGAAUUGCGCAAGGCAAAGAGGGUUGCCUGGGCCAAUUUCUGCACCAACAUUCAGGAGACAUCAGAGGCCGCCCGCCUAAGAAAGAUUCUCUCUACUACAGCCCCCAUCGCAGGUUACAUUAAGAACACGGAGGGGUGCUGGACAACCUCAAGCCUGGAAACCCUGGAGACCCUUAUCAACGCACACUUCCCGGGUUGCUCAUCGGAAGGAACAACCCAGGUGAUGCGUAGCCAGGGUCACCAGGGCUCGCUCAACUACCUACUUAGUGACAGAAAUCUAAAAUGGGCAAUAGACAGUUUUAAACCCUUCAAAUCUCCGGGACCGGACGGUAUUCUACCAGCUCAGUUAUCCAGAGCCGGUAUUAACCUAAGGAAAUGGAUUAAGAAAAUCUUCAGCACAGUCUUCACUACUGGUAUGAUACCAAAGGCAUGGCUGUGCACGAAGGUUGUAUUCAUACCCAAGGCGGGGAAACCAUCCCACUGCACCCCCAAGGACUUCAGACCUAUAAGUCUGUCUUCCUUUUUCCUUAAGACUAUGGAAAGACUCUUAAGUCUCCAU